GAGCCCCUGUGCUAAUCGCCCUCCUUUCCUCCUCCUCCUCCUCAUCUUCCUCUUCCUCUUCCUCUUCCUCCUCUUCUUCCUCUACCUCCUCACCUUCUCUUUCACUCUGCAAGAUGUCGUCCGGACUCAGCACAAUCACCGUUCCCGUCCAGUACAAGGACGUCAGAGACAACAUCCUCGACUUUCUGCAAAACUUCAAAAGCACAGAUUCAGACCUCGACCUCGACCUCAGCGACGAAGAUGCGCUCUACAACGACCCUAACAAGCCAAAAUACGCAAACAUCCUGCAAAAGGUCGCCGACCGCAAGCAGGACACUAUCCAGAUCCAUCUCGACGACCUCGACGAGUUCACAAACAGCCAGUCGCCCCUCGCGGAUCUCAUUAUCGAAAACACUCACCGGUAUUUCGAGCUCUUCUCCGAAGUCAUUGAUCAGCUCAUGCCGGAGCCUACCACCGAUAUCAGCUACAAAGACGACGUCCUCGACGUGAUUCUCAACCAGCGCAUACUCCGCAACGAGGCUCGCGCGCAGGAAGCCGGCGGCAUCGGGGACCCCGACGCUCAGUCUGACAUGUUCCCACCUGAGCUCACUCGCCGCUACACAGUCUACUUCAUCCCACCAAACAACCGGUUCCGGAAAAACCAGCCCAUGCUUGCCGUCCGCGACAUCCGCGGAGCGCAUCUCGGCCAUCUCAUCACCGUCCGCGGCAUCGUCACUCGUGUGUCCGACGUCAAGCCGGCAGUGCAGGUCAACGCAUACACCUGUGACCAAUGCGGUCACGAGAACUUUCAAGAGGUCAAAGGACGUCAGUUCACGCCGCUGACGCAGUGUACCUCCGACGUGUGCAAGAAGAACAGCACACACGGUCAGCUUAUGAUGGCCACUCGGGCGUGCAAGUUUCAACCCUUCCAGGAUGUGAAAAUCCAGGAGAUGGCAGACCAAGUUCCGAUCGGACAUAUCCCGCGGACGCUCUCGAUCCACUUCACCGGACCUAUAGUGCGCUCGGUCAGUCCCGGAGACGUUGUCGACAUCUCGGGGAUCUUCAUGCCGAUGCCGUACUCGGGCUUCAAAGCAUUAAAGGCGGGUCUGCUGACUGACACCUAUCUUGAGGCACAGCACGUUGACCAGCAGAAGAAGCAGUACAGCGAGAUGGAUCGGAACGUCGAUAUGAACGUCAAGAUCGAGGAAUUGCGAGCACAGGGCAAUGUCUACGACAAGCUUGCGCUUUCUAUCGCUCCUGAGAUUUACGGACACGAGGACGUCAAGAAAGCUUUGCUGCUGCUCUUGAUCGGAGGCGUCACCAAGGAAAUGGGCGACGGCAUGAAAAUCCGUGGUGACAUAAACGUGUGCCUGAUGGGUGACCCCGGUGUCGCCAAAUCGCAGCUGCUGAAAUACAUCUCCAAGGUCGCUCCCCGAGGCGUCUACACCACCGGUCGCGGUUCGUCCGGCGUCGGUCUCACGGCGGCGGUCAUGCGCGACCCGGUGACGGACGAGAUGGUACUCGAGGGCGGCGCGCUCGUGUUGGCCGAUAACGGAAUCUGCUGUAUCGACGAGUUUGACAAGAUGGACGAUAGCGACCGGACUGCGAUCCAUGAGGUGAUGGAGCAGCAGACUAUUUCGAUCUCGAAAGCAGGAAUCAACACGACGCUGAACGCGCGCACUUCAAUUCUCGCGGCAGCCAACCCGCUCUACGGAAGAUACAACCCGCGCAUCUCGCCCGUUGAGAACAUCAACCUUCCGGCUGCGCUGCUCUCGCGUUUCGACAUUAUGUUUUUGAUCCUCGACACGCCCGACCGGGAUUCAGACGAGAAACUCGCGAGCCACGUCGCGUACGUACACAUGCACUCUCGCCACCCAGAGAUGUCAUUCGACCCGCUCGAGCCCGACAUGAUCCGCGAGUACAUCUCCCGCGCGCGCGAGAAACGCCCUGUCGUUCCCAAGGAGAUCUCGGACUACAUCGUGGCGUCGUACGUGCAGAUGCGGCAGCAGCAGAAGCGCGACGAAGGCUCGCGCAAGCAGUUCACGCACACCACCCCCCGUACGCUGCUCGCUGUUCUCCGCAUGGCGCAGGCGCUCGCGCGGUUGCGGUUCGACGACCGCGUGAUUUUCGGGGACGUCGACGAGGCGCUGCGGUUGAUGGAGGCCAGCAAGGCGUCGCUGUACGAUAAGGCUGCGGACGCGGACGCGCUGGAUGCGACGGCUACGUCCAAGAUCUACAAGAUCGUGCGGGAUCUGGCGAAUAGUGAUGGAGAGCGGUUCGUGAGUCGUUGGCCGAUGAGCACGAUUAGAGAGCGGGUGCUGGCGAAGGGGUUCACGGACGACCAGUUGGCAGAGUGCUUGAACGAGUAUUCUGCGCUGGGAGUGUGGCAGACGUACCGGGAUGGAUCGCGGUUGGCGUUUAUUAAUGCUGAUGAGGACGAUGUUGAUAGUGAUGAUGAUAUCGAUAUGGAGGAUUAAGUAAUGUAGUUAUUGUGUGUUAAUUGUUAUUGUCGGUUUGCUCUUUUUUUGUUUCAAUUUGUUGUAAUCUCUGUUUUCUAUUUCUUGUAUGGUAGGUGCAGUGUUAUUA